AUGCAUUUUCCAUGGAAAUUUAAGCAUAAUAAUGAUAAUAAUGAUGAUGAUAAUAAUAAUAGCAAUGAUAAUAGCAAUAAUAAUAAUAAUUUAUUUUUUUUCUUGUUAAAUGUUAUUCUGUCGAAAACAAUUUUGAACGAAAUUCAUAUUUUUUCUUCUUUUACGUAUGCAUACUACGAAUAA